AUGUUCGCCAAACCCUUUAGGGUCAAGUCGAAGACAGCAAUGAAGAGUUCUGAGAUGAGAGAGCUCCAGGCUGAGUUGGUAAUGACUUUACCCUCUCUAGCCCCUAAUGAACUAAAUGAACUAAUUCCAGGAGACGAGCCCAUCAUAACUGUGCAGUUGGAGGUCCACAAAAGGAACACAGUGACCGUGUUCAUGAUCCAAGGUAACCCUAUCUUAUUUCAAGUAGACAAACAUCUGUAUCCAACAGUUUACACACUGUGGCGCUACCCACACCUUCUUCCCACCUUCCUAACAUGGCCUAUUAUUCUGGAAAGAAUAGUAAAGGGAGCUGAUCUAAUGUUGCCAGGAGUAGUGAUUCCUCCUGACGGUCUGCCUAGUGUGCAGAAAGAAGACACCUGUGCCAUUGCGUUGCUGGAGAACAGAGCCCCCGUUGCUGUCGGGAUUGCUCUCAUGCCCACAUCCAGGAUGCUUAGUACCCAAUUACAAGGAAGGGGAAUUUCUGUACUCCAUGCCUACCAAGACUUUCUCUGUCCGGAGGGACAACAGAUAGACAUAAAGAAAACGAGCUACAAAAAGAUGUCUACUUUCCUGCACGAAAUGCAGGAAGAAAACAUAUUAGAGGUGAGAGAGCUAAGCCGAGGAGUUCAAAGCAUCGUGGCAAUUAAUUGGAAACAUCCCAAGAUCCUACCUUACAUCAAAGAGGAGGCCACUUCUAGCUUCCAGCCAAUGCACACGGGCAGCAGGGAUCACUCAUACAAGGCCCCGGACAUAAGAUAUCUCUACUAUGCACCAGCCAGCAUGAACCUGCUCUUCCAGGAGUGUGGCCACAAGAAAGGAAGCCCUCUGGAUGCCAGCGACAUCCGGAAUGUCAUCAUCGACCAUGCCAAGAGAAAUCAUCUAUUUGAUGCAAACGAGAGGAAUUCUGUGAAUCUGGAUGCAGUCCUAAGUGAUUGUAUUUUAGAGAAAAAUGAACAAACCAAGAUCAAGAAACUUUCUUUGGAUAAUCUCCUGAGUCGAUGUUUUGAAAAAAUGCAGCCCGCUUAUCAAAUAACAUUCCCAGGACAGGAACCGAUAGUGAGGAGGGGGGAAAUCAGUCCCAUAAGCAUCACUUUAGCUAAGAAGGCUCUAGAUAAGAAGGUAACUGUAGUCCAGAACCUGGAAGCAUAUGGUCUCAACCCGCGCUCAGUGGCAUCAAUUCUUCGGCAGCGGUGUCACGCUAGUGCCAGUGUCAGUCGUGUCCCUGGGACCAAAAACAACCUAGAGUUGCAGAUUCAAGGUAAUCAGAUCCAGCAGCUACAUCAACUGCUGCUGCAAGAGUAUCACCUCCCUCAGAAGAGCGUGGAAAGUGGGCCAAGGUCCUCCAGAAUGGGAAGGAAGUGA